AUGGAGAUCAGGGGUAGAGGUCCCCACAUAAAUAUCAGGAUCCUAUACGCGAAGGGGGCGGAGACGGACACCCCGGACACAGACGUCUCAUGGAGAACAAAGCACAGACCGGACAUGAGAAUGAGGUCAGGGGCAAAGAACCCCUACGGAGACGAGGGUCACAACCCCCACCUGGGAACGAGACCCCUUAAGCUGCGGCGGAGACCCCCCGCGGAGGACGGGGACGCCGGCAACCCGGGGAGACCAGGGGCAGAGACCCCACAUGGAGAGCAGAGGAAGAGAGCCAGACCCAAGGUACUGACGCAGAAGCUGCUCGAGAAAGAACGUACACGUUUCUUUAAACAAUCACACCCUCGCCCCGCGUGCCCACCGACCAGCGCCCAGCGACAAAAGCGCACGGGAGGGGGUGGGGGCGAAGACGCUCGGCGGGGGGGGUUGGGAGGCAGGGGGGAGGGGGGCGCGCCCCGGGAGCGCGUACAUACGGGGACGCAGCCCUCGUCGCCAUCUCCUGCCGCCUCAGUUCCCUUCCAGUCGCCGCCGCCUCCGACGGCGCCGCCCUCGCUGCUCCAGCCGCCUCGCUUGCGCUGCCCUUGCCCUGCCGCUCCCGCACCACCAAGGCACGGUCCCAGCCGGAGCCGGAGCCGGAGCCGGAGCCGGGCGGGAGCCGGAGCCGGAGCCGGAGCCGGAGCCGGGCGGGAGCCGGGGCAGGAUCGGUGGGGGCCGCCCCGCUUCUCGCCUCUGAGGAAGAAGAGCCGGCGGCCGCCCUCGCCCCCACCCCCAAAGAAGAGCCUUCCCCCAGGGCAGCUGGAGCGGGCCCCCGGCAGGUUGGGUCACAAGAUGUGGUCAGAGGGUCCCCGGGGGAGCAGACCAGGACCCCCAGCUCUGAAAGCUCAGACUCUGACCUGUGAGGUGUGCCGGGCUUCUUUUGAGACCCAAAAAGGCCUUUCCCGCCAUGCGCGCUCCCACCCGCGGCAGCCAGGGGCGUCUGAGGCUGAGAGUAGCGGGGCCCCCAUCGACCUGCCCCCAGAAAUGAUGGAACAGAAGGGAAAACCUAGCCGCCCCCUGCCCCUGACCCAGCCCCUGCCCCUGGCCCUGCCCCUGGCCCUGCCCCUGCCCCUGCCCCUGCCUCUGCCCAAGAAAUCGGGCUCCCCAAAGGGGGCAACUGCCUUUCCCCGCCCAGGCCUGUGGGCCCCCAGCAAGGCAGUUGACAAAUCCCCUGAGACCCGCAUCAACAAGGCCAUCAAGUCACUCCCUGGCUGCUCAUCCAGGGGCCUUUCCCACCCACGGGGCCCCCCUCUCCUCCAGAAGGUGCCGCCUGCUUUGUCGGGGUCCCCCCCACCCAAGAACCCCGGGGACAAGAGCCCCAGGCUGCCCCCGAGCCCCCUGCCAGGCUCCGCGAAGGCCCAGAGGCCGCAGCCAGACCAUGAGUCUCCUCUCAGUCUCUCAUCGGACCCGGAGCCAGCCCAGGACAUCCUCUGUGAGCUCUGUGGGCAGUUCUUUGAGAAUGGAAAAGGCCUGGCAAGGCACAAGCGCUCCCACCUGCGGGACACGGGGGUGACCGAGCGGGACGUCAACGGCUCGCCCAUUGACACCGUGACGGAGAUCCUGAAGCCUCGGGCCCGAGGACCUCCCGACCCGACCUCCCCGGGCCCAAAGGUACGGGCCGAGGCAAUGGGCGGGGGCCCCGGUGACUCCCUGGGGGCUCAAAGUGCUUCGGAGCCGCCCGCCCCGCCCCCUGCCGGGAACUGGGGCCCAUCGAGCGACCCCCUGGGGCUCUCAGCAGCCACCUCCUCACACUCAACUGCUCGGAGGAGGUUCCCGGGUCGGCCUCUUCGCUCCCUCCAGGAGAAACUAAAGUCUAAGGCGAGGAGGGUGGAGAUCAAGCGGGAGCUGUUGGUGGGAGGCCCGCACGGGGAAGGACGCCCAUCGCAGGGACCGCGGUCGCCUCGCCAGGACAAGGCACCCCUGGAUCUAGGAAGUGUCACAGGCUCUUCCACAAGGCGCUGGGGGGGGUCAAUAACCGGCGGGGAUUGCACCUUCCACAAGGCGCUGGGCGGGCUUCGUCCCACACUCGCCUUGGCGGGUCUGUGGAGCCUCUUUGGGGCCCGUAAAGGGCCGGAAACUGGGCCUGCUUCAGGUCCGAGGCAGGUGAGUGAGACCCGGAGGAAGCGGGUGUGGGGAAGGGCACUGGAUCAGCACGAGCCCCUGGGACCCCUUCCUAGGACAAGCGCCGGCCUGUCCGGAGGGGCGGGCCCGGAGAAGGGAGCUCCCUGGGCCGAGCCGGCCCGCGACGCCCGCUGUGAGCUCUGUGGGGAGCUGUUUAAGAACCGAAGGGGCCUGGCCUGCCAUGCCCGCGCUCACCUGCGGCACAUGGGCGUGACCAAGUGGUACGGCUCGCCCAUCGACAAGCUUCACGAGAUCCUGGAGAACAAGGCCCGGGCGGGGACCGUCAAGAAGGAGCCCGCGCCGGCCGAGCUGCCCCCUCCCCGGGGGGAGGAGGGGCCCAAAUCCCCUGGGAAGGGGCCUCUGGCCCUGUCUCUGGUCCCAUUGUACCGCGGUUCUGGCAAAUACGGGCCUGGCCCCGCCAAGGGAGCCCAGAAGAUGACCCUCUCGCCUCUUCUCUCCGACCCGAUUGCCGGUUUCCUCACCCCCCUGAGGACGAAGCGGCCGCCGCCCGAUGACCGGCUUCUCCCUGGGGAGAAGAAGCCCAAGACCUGCACGCGCCCGGAGCCGCCCGUCAAGCCGGAGCCCCUUCCCGGCCCAAGCUGCCAGGCUCCCGGGGAAGCCCCGUGCGAGCUGUGUGGUCUCCAUUUUGAGAAUCGCCAGGCACUGGCCAGCCACGCUCAGGCUCACCUGCGGCGACUUGGGGUGACGGGAGGGUGUGUGAAGGGCUCCCCGAUUGAGACCCUGAGGGAGUGGAUCAAGCGGGGUCCCCAGAGUGGGGGGGCCCACGGCAGCCAGGUUCCAGGUGGCCGUCCCCUCCUGGGGAAGGGCCGCCAUUCCCGCCCCAGACGGGAUGGGGACAAACAAAUGCCCCUCACCCUGGCUCCCACUCGCCUCACGCUGAUGGAGAAGCCCCUGGGGAGUGAAUUCAGGCCCGGGGAAGUGGGCGGGGCCGGAGGUGGUGGCGGGGGACCCCUGGCAGCCUCACCUCCGGCUGUGGGGAAGGCCCACGAACGCCAGCGCCACCAUGUCCGUCGGCGUGGGCGCAGACAAGCCCGCCCUUCUCGGGGGGAGGAGACCAGGGACUCUCAGCAGAAACCGGUCCCGGGGCGGCAGCCACCUCCCAGAGCGCCGCCUGACAACUCCCUGGUCCCCCCCCCUCCCCAGACGCCCUUGGUGACGUUUCGGGGCCCCGUGUACACGCUGAAGUGCAGGUUCUGCCAAGUGCAGUUCCGGGGUCCCCUCUCCAUCCAGGAGGAGUGGAUUCACCAUCUCCAGAGGCACAUCCUGGAAAGGAGCUUCUCCCCGGCCGAGCCCCGGCCUGGGGAGCCUGAGGCCCCCGAGGCCCCGGCGGGGCCAGAGGCCCAGUAAUGGAGACGCAGGGAAGCCCCUGAGCCAGCUCUCUCCCCUCUCUGGGGGGCUUUCGCCCUUCCCCCCCCCAGGUGCGUUUCCAAAGGAGCCAGUCACAGAGCACAGACACUCCCGGGGCAUCUUGUGUCUCGGGGAGAUCCGCCCCCCCUCCCCUCCUCCCCUCUGCCUUCCUUUUCCCUGUCUGCCCUGCUA